AUGUUCCCAAAAGCAACGAUCAUAGCUAACGACUAUGAUAACUACGUUGAUAGACUGAAACACAUUCAUGACACGAAUGAAAUACUUAAGGAACUUAAGGAGAGAAUAAAUGUUAAGCCAGAUGAGAAAAUUCCUACUGAUCAGAAAGAGAUCGUCAGAGAAGUUAUAAGUAAAGCUCCAUACAUAGACUGGGAUACAUUAUGUUCACGUCUUCUCUAUUCUGGAGCAUACAAAUACUAUGAUCUUGACACAUUAAUGAAGAAAGUGUUAUACCUCAGAUAUACUAACUUAUUUGAUGAAAACAUAGAUGACUAUCUUGAAGGUUUAACUAUUGUUCAUAAAGAUUGGAGAAUACUCUUCAAUGAGUAUAAAGAUCUUCCCAAUGUUUUCUUUAUAUGUGAUCCUCCAUACUUCCAUACUUAUUCUAUACAGUAUGGAGAUGAAUGGACUCUUAAAGAUACUGUAGAAACCUUUGAUGUCCUUAAUUAUCCAUCUAUUUACUUCAGUAGUGAUAAAUCUUAUACAGAAGAACUUUUAGAGAUAUUGACAAAAAGAUAUGGAGAGAA